UCUUGUAUCUCAAAUCAGAACUCCGAUUUGGGGAAAAAUUAGGCAUGGCCAUGGAUGGCAGCAACACGGGGGAGUUGGCCAUCGGGCGCUUCGUCUCCAUCAAGACCACGCUCAGCGACGAGUUCCAAGGCCAAGUCAUCACCUUUGAUCGCCCCUCCAACAUCGUCGUCAUUCAAGAGGGUUCGAAAGGCGGAGCGCGGCGGAACAUACGGCUGCUGAAGGCGAACUAUAUAAAGGAGCUGUCAUACUUGGGCCAGGCGGAAGACCCGCUCGAUAUCAAAAAGUGUUAUCUUGAUCUCAAUAGUCUCCGGGCCAGGGAGGAACUGGCGAUUAGGCAAGCAGAGGCGGAGUCGGAGCGGAUUGGCGUCGGGGUCACCGCCCAGGCGCAGAACAUUUUCGAUGCCUUGUCUAAGACGCUUCCAGUGCGCUGGGACAAGACUGUCAUAGUUGUGAUGAAUGAGGUCCGAGUAAGCAGUCCAUAUACUCCUGAGUCUGUCAGUGGAGGAACUCCUGCUGCCAAUGAGCGGGUGAAGAAAGUGCUUGAGCUGGAGAGGAGGAGGUUACAAACUCGUGGCGGUGGUCAAUGAUGGUUUUAACGUUUGCACCUGAUUGCCUGAUAGGAAAAGAAUUUUCCCUCGAGCGAUAAGUGAUGAUGGGUAUGUUCGUAUACUCGGCCUUCAUCAGGGAACUUGUUAUUUGUUCACUUGAGACAGUUGAAUGCAUGAAUCAAAGGAUCAAUCUAAAUUGUUGCAUAUCUAGAUCUGUUGCUAUUCUUUGGUUAUCGAACAAUAUGCUCAUCUAUUGUGUUUGCUAGUGCUGUUCUUUUGAGCUUGAGACAGUUUGUUGUGCUCACAUUGAGUUCUAUACCAACAUCGUUACAGUUAUACCUA